AACAUAGAGCUAUUCAUAAUGAAUCCCUUUUAGCAGUAUUCUCUCCACAACCAUUAAUGUAUGUAUUUAUCCAGUGUUGUUUUGUGGGUGUUUUUGGAUAAGCAGUGAGAUUAGACGUCUUCACAAUUUGUCUCCAAAUUGUCAAAACUGACACAAUUAUACAAAAGUGCAAGCAUUUUACUGUGGGAAGAGGAAACCACAGUCUUCUCUUCAGACUUCACAUCUGUGCUGCAACUGGAAGCCCUCAGUGAGACUCAGACUGAAAGUGAGCUGCUUCUCUCUGCUCUGACCUCAUUAUAACUAAGAAUGUGCACAAGUACAGGGACACAGUGGACUAUUCUUGUGUGGUCAUUACCUGCAUGUAUGGCUGCUAUCUUAGAAAAUGUUUACAAUGUAAGUGCUGCCACUAAUUUGUGCAAUUUCACACAUGUGCUGCUGCAGACAGACACAUACUUAUCUUCCUGUUGGAGUUCAGCCAUAAUUAGGUUUAUAGCACAUGAUAUGAGUAUCUGCUGAUGUAUCUCUGAGGACAUGCUUUCUAUAUAUUACUAAACAUUACUAAAGUAAAUUAAUAUUCUUUGCCAACAGAGGUAGCUCAAGAAAAUAAAAAACCUAACAUCCACUAACAUUUAACUUCAGCUUUGUUUUGGUAUGUUUCUGUAUCAUUAAACAUUUUCAAGUAGUAUGUUUGGUACUGUCAAGUACCAGAAGUUGGCAUGUACUGUCUGAUUAGAUUUGUCAUUUUCUUUCCUCCAUGGUCAUAUAGUUUUAAGCACAUUUUAUAAUUGCAUGUUCCAGAACCUCCUUCUCUUAGCAGAUGACCCAUAUAAACAAUUGGUGCUCAUUCAGUCAUUAUACAACAAGCUGAGUUCUACAGUGCUACGCUGCUGCCUGGGAAUGUAACCCCCUCCUGUAUUAUCAUUUAUUUCAACAGCUGUUGAGAGUAUUUAAUAUGUGUCCAUGUUGAUAAAUUGUUGCGUAUCUCAGGCUUUGCAGUGGGGAUGGGGUGAGCUCAGGGACAGUCUGUGUCAAGCUGCUUUUGAAAGAAGAAAUAAUGUUAUAAUAAUGCAAAUAUUUUCAAAAUUGAGAUACAGCAGGAAUUGCUGUGGAACUGACAUAGUUUGCUGGCAUGAGGGAUAACUCCAGGAUUUUAUUUUCCCAUGUUUUGGGGUGUAAUGAUUAAUUAAAAAAAAAAAAAAACUUUGCAAAUGAUCCACUAUUGAGCAAGAACUGCUGAACCCGCUAAACAGCUGCUACGAUUUAAACAUAUGGUUCAAUUGACCAUGUCAAAGUAAGUCCACUGAAGUACUUGUUUUUGCCACUGACAGGCUCAGAUUGUCGUUACAACAACAAUAUGGGCAGGAUUCCUACAGAUACAGACCUUUUUUGUUGAACCACAGCCAUUCCUUCAUUUAUUCAUCCAAAACUGAAAUUCCUUCCAUGUUCAUACAAAAAUACAGACACAUUCCUAAGAAAGCACAAGAUAGAGGGAGGUGGGAUAAAGCAAAGGGGAGAUAAGAGGUCUCCCCCUGCUGCCUAGUGGUUCCUCCCCCUUUACAACAAGCCCCCACCCACCCCAGCACACAGUGUCUCUCUCUCUCAGACACAUGCUUAGACGGACCUUCAGGGCAAUCAGAGAAGGCGUUUGAAGCUCCCCUCAACUGCAUCUGACAGAGGAAAAGUGACAGAAAAGGGAAACAGAAAAAGAGGGAAAGCAGAGUGGGUGAAAGAAUAAAAGUUGGAAAGAGUAAGGCAGGAACAGUGAGUGUCGCAGGUAGACUGAUACGAAGAGAGAGAGUGAGUAUACACCAGCUGAGCUGAGCAGGGCAGAGAAAGAGGAUUUAUCUAUAUUUUAACUCACAGAUCCACUGGACUCAAAAACAGCCCAGGUCCCAUGUGGUCCUGUGGCAUGUUGAUGUUACAGUAACCAGAGAGAGGAGGAGGGAUAAAUCAGCUGGGGAGAGGGGUAAAACUCACUGGGAGUUCUCCGGACAGAAGGAACAAGGAGCGUGUGAGCUGUCUGAUCACCAUGAGGCAGUGGGGCUUUUGCUUAAUACAGCAGAGAAAAUCCAGUAACAGAGUACCCAGAUCACUGAAGAGCCUAACAAAGGCCUACUGGACAGUAUCAAAAAGAGAAACCAGGUGGUAGGACAGAAGGAGGAGGGAAAGAACAUACAUGUGAGGCAAGACAGACGAUAGAGAAUGAAGUGAAGGAUGAGAGGGAAGACAAUUAGAUAGAUGAGAGGAGUAUCACAUUAUAACAUAAGACAGAGAAAUUCAUAGCUCUGGGAGAGUAGAAGUCUUGAAGACUUGAAGGGUAGUCAGUGGUUGGACAUAAAUAAGCAGUAGUCGCAAUGUUCAUCAACUUUCGUCGUAUCCAUAAGUGCCAGUGCAUGCAGCUGCUCACCACAGGCCUUGUGAUGUGUGUGGUGAUGUUGUGUUGGGAGGAGCUGGACCACCAUGUGGUCAGCCACAUGAGAUCCUAUACAUACCGAUACCUGGUCAACAGCUACGACUUUCUCAAUUCUUCCUUCACAAUUACCUCUAAACCUCACUAUGGUUCUGUCAAUGUGGAUGGUGGGCUAGGGAACUAUUCAUACCUCAUUAACCACCCAGGUAAAUGUGGAAGUAGUGAUGGAGAUGGAAAAGGCUGGGAUGAUGUCCUCCUCCUUCUGUUUGUGAAAUCAUCACCACACAACUUUGAGCGGCGUCAGGCCAUCAGGGACACAUGGGGGAAUGAGAGCUUCCUUUGGUCAGAAUUGGGGGCUAGUGUGAGAGUGGUGUUUGCCCUUGGCAUGCACCCAGAUGUCAGGCUAAGAUCCAGGGUCCAGACUGCACUGUUGCAGGAGGACCAGGCCUAUGGAGACCUGAUUCAACAGAACUUUGUGGACACUUUUCACAACCUAACUACCAAAUUGAUCCUGCAGUUCCACUGGGGCCAUAAGUACUGUCCUCAGGCACACUUCCUCAUGUCUGCAGAUGAUGACAUCUUCAUCCACAUGCCCAAUUUGGUGAAGUACUUGCGGCAACUUCUAAGUAGCCAUACAGGGGCUAAAGAUCUGUGGGUGGGGCAUGUACACAGAGGAGCCCCUCCCAUUCGCCGCAAGGACAGCAAGUAUCAUGUUCCCCAUGAUCUGUACCCCUGGCCUUCAUACCCAGACUACACAGCUGGAGCAGGAUAUGUGGUUUCAAGGGAUGUGGCUGCAAAGAUCUAUCGUGCAACUCUGGUGCUUAAGUCCUCCAUCUACAUUGAUGAUGUCUUCAUGGGGAUUUGUGCCAACGCCAUGGGGGUUUCUCCAAAGGAGCAUGUGUAUUUUUCAGGGGAGGGCAAGGCUCCAUACCACCCUUGCAUCUAUGAUCACAUGAUCACAUCACAUGGUCAUGCCAAGGAUGUGCGCUCACUAUGGCAGGCAGCAACAGACCCUACAGUGUACAGCAACUACAGAGGAUAUAUGGGUAAUCUGUAUUGCACAGCAGUGAGAGUGAUGCUGCUGUGUCUGCCGUAUUACCAAAACACAUACUCCUGUAUGGCUGCUUUUACAUAAAUGGUCUUUAGAUGAUGCAAGAACGUAUGCUAAAUGUACACAAGAAAAUGAUGGCACCUCACACAAACUUUCUUUCAUGUUCUCUUUCAUGUUACAUUUCACUGUUUGCUGGCUAUACUAUGUAUUUGCUAUCUUGUAAUAAAGUAAUAUAGAUCAAAGCUGUUCUAUUAAGCACUCGUACUUUACAAAAUAAAACAAACCUAUGACCAGAAAGAACACUGAAAUUCGAUAUUGGCACUGGACACAAACUGUUG